AUACGAGUCACUCAAGGACGCUGUUGACCAGUACUCCAACCGGUGUUGCGUAGGAAAAACGUAUACGUUACGCGAUCUCCGAUAUGGAUUCAUUGUCGUUUUGUCGUGGUGUCCUAAUUGGGGGUCUGAUAGGAGAUUGCUAUGGAUUUUUAUACGAAGACAAACCGACAGUGAAUUUUGCUGUGCCUAGUGAAUUGUUGGGAAAGACAAUCUGUGGUGCUGACACCAAGCAGUUAAUGUACACUGAUGACACUCAAAUGGGCCUUGGAAUUCUUCGCUCGGUUAGAUCCCAAAAUGGCUUUAACCCCGAACACAUGGCGAAAGAGUUUGCUACAGCCUAUUUCGAAGAUGGAUCACAUCGAUACUACGGUAGGACUGUCGGACAUGUUUUUUCUGCAUUGCAGCAAGCUAACUACAAGGACCCUUAUAAAUAUGCUACAGAAUUAUUUAGUGGGACAGGAUCUUAUGGCAAUGGUGGGGCCAUGCGAGCCGCACCCGCAGCACUUUACGCGGUGCGCUUUUCUGAACACGAAUUUGAAAAAUUCAUUGUCGACGUAACUCGACUGACACAUAGUCACCCACUUGCUGUAUGCGGUGCACUUAUACAAGCGUUUGCACUACGAAAGCUUUUCUUCUUGGCUUGUGAUCGUAUCAAACUUGAUCCUUUAUUACUUAUUGAUUAUCUUUUGGGAAGACUUGAAAGAACGACAUAUUUGUUUGUAAACUUCAAAGAUCCCAGAUGGAAAAAAGCUCUUGAUGCCUACAAGGAGAGAUUUGGUUAUGUUAGGAGUUUCCUUUUGGCUGACACAGAUCCUUCAGUUAAAGAUGUUGUUGGUCGUUUAGGUAACAAUUUGGAGGCAAUCAACUCUGUGCCAACUGCAAUAUAUGUUUUUUUACGUUGCCUGAGGCCUGUACAUGAGAUCGAAUUUGAUUCAGUUGUUCUUCGUUGUGUAGUGUAUUCCAUCGGAUUAGGUGGUGAUACAGAUACAAUUGCCUGUAUGGCUACUGCAUUAGCUGGUGCAAAUAAUAUUGGUCUCUCAGCAAAUAACAUUACAAUUGUACCCAGAAAUGUUAUUACACGUUGUGAACAUUAUGAAGUAAUCGAAGAUUAUGCUGUUUGGUUAAGUUCCAGAUUACAAUAAGAUACAGAGUCUUUAUAAACACUUAACUCCAGUUGAUUACUUUUUUAUGUUGUGAUAUUCUGGUUUAGUCCUUUCCUUCCCACCUUUCAUUUCUAAUGACUUCCUACCGUAUUUCUUUUAAGUAGUCAUGUUAUUUAUGACUGUUUUUUUAAAAACUUUUUUUACACAAAGUUUCACUAAUGUAAUGUCAUAAAUGUCUUCGAAGAUCGGAAACGCAGAACUAAUACUAAUUUUCAAAUGGUUUUUUCUUUUUCGCAUGUAAUAUCGAAAUAAAAUUUUGAUCCAACC